UCAUAUUAUUGACCAACUUCAGUGCGUUGCUUUUAGCAAAAGAGUGAAGAAUGUUGACGUGAUUUUUGAUUUAAUUUACAAUUUUCUUAAAUGAUACGCUGUAUAAACACAUCAGUAAAUUAUGAAAGUGUAACAUCACGAGUUCUCGUCUCGGAUUUUAAAGCCAGUGUCAUUUUAAAAUAAGCCUUUGUAUGAAAAUUAUUGUUUCGUUAAAAAAAACCCCAUCAACGAACUGCAAAAUUUAUACGAUAGUUGAUCGGCCCUCGUGUUUACCUGUUCAUCUGUCAUCGAGAUAAUGAUUACUCAUUAUGUAAUUUUCAAGUGAACAAUUGCUAUGGUGGAUAAUAAAAUAAAUGUAAAUUUCAGGAAAUCAAAGAACGGGCUUCUUUAUUAAAAAAAUGACUGACACUUCUUCAUCCACAUCAACUCUUGCCAGGUUACUGAAUAGCGUUGUAAAUUUUCUAAAAUGUAUUGCCCGGACAUUGUUUGUUCUUGUGAACAAUUGUUAUUGCAUUCCAACUUACGUUGUAUGGAUGGCUUUAUUAUUUCCUGUCAAAGUUUACCAACCACAAAUUUAUUGGCGAAUAGAGGGUUUAUUUUUCCAUUGGCUUCUGGGAAUGGUGUCUACGUGGACGUGGACGGCCGGCUACGACAUAAUCGAGCACGGUGAUGACAUUCAAAAAGCAAUCAGUGAUAGGACUUUGGUCAUUGCGAAUCAUCAAAGUACAGGAGACGUUCCUAUUUUGAUGACGACAUUCAAUGCAAAGCAAAAUGUUUUACCAAAUAUUAUGUGGAUAAUGGAUAAGGUCUUUAAAUACACGAAUUUUGGAGUUGUCUCCAUUUUACAUGAGGACUUCUUUAUUUCGUCGGGUCGUAAAAAACGUGAAGAAAGUUUACGACAUCUGACAAAGCAUCUAAAGGAGUCUUACAUUCCGUUAGACAGAAAGUGGAUGAUUCUUUUUCCUGAGGGUGGCUUUCUUUGUAAAAGGCGUGAGGUCUCGCAAAAUUAUGCGAAAAAAAAUAAUCUACCAAUUCUCGAGAAUGUCAGUUUACCAAGAGUCGGAGCUAUUCAAACAAUUUUCGAUGUAGUUGGUCCAACGCAAAAUAAUAAUUCGAAUCAGGAAUUAAACAACACAUCAAGUAUGACUGUAUCAAAACCAGAAAUUAGCUGGGUUCUUGAUAUAACAAUAGCAUAUCCUCAAGGCAAGCCUAUAGAUCUACCAACUAUUAUAACUGGUUCAAGACCGCCUUGCGAAACAGUUUUAUUCUACAGAUUAUUUCCAAGUUCUGUGGUGCCACGUGAGCCUGAACUUUUGUCAAAGUGGUUACACGAUCGUUGGGUUGAGAAGGAAAGUCUUUUAGAAAAUUUUUAUAAACACGGAACAUUUCUUGGAACUAAUCAAACUGAAGGUUCAAAGAUCCAACAGGAUCCACUACGAUUCCUAGUCCUUCAUUUAUUUUUUAUAACAUCUAGUUAUAUUCACUACAAUAUGUUCGCUUACGUCUUAUCCUGUAUUUGGUGAGACAUUCCAAAAUUCUACUGCGGAGGAGAAUUUCAAUACUGGAUCGAUUUACCGGUAAAGAUCCUCCACACACACACACACACAACCCCCAAUGUGACGAGUAAGAAAAACUUUUAUCAUGAACAAUUUUUUUUUCUAUUUUUUUUUUUUUUUUUUUUGAAAUAUAUAAUAUAAUUAUCCGUAAACAAAUUAUGUGAAAUAAUCGAGAGAACAAAAAAGAGGACCAUUAUUAAUUUAUAAAAACAAAGAAAAAAAAACAAGGCAAAAAAAACGCCCAUUUAGAUAAUGUAUUUCUAGAUCGCACACAACUGAGAAAUGAUUGAAAAUGCGAGAUUUUUUUUAAUCUCCAUUUUAAUAUUCUCUUUCAGUCAUAAGAGAAUUCAGUCAUUUCAGUUUCGAUGUAUCAUCGUAAUUUAAUGCACAAUUUUGUAGUUUUAUUAUUAUACUUAAUAAUUUCAUUAAUUUUAUUAUCAUAUAAAAUAUAGUUUUUGAAAUUACUUUUUGUUUUUACGUCUAAUUAACGAAAAGUUGAUUUCAGAAAAAUAUUUCUCUUUUUUUAUGCAUAAAUCCUUUCAUUGGGAGUUUUUUCUACAAGUUCAUAGAAAAAAGAAAAAUAUUUAUAUACUUUUUUUUUUGUUUUUUAUUUAAAACUUCACCAAAAAGAAAAGAACAAAAAAAAAAAUAGUAUCAAAGAAAAAAUAAGUCUUGAAAAAAGAAAAUGAAUCAUAUCAGAGUAGUUUUUGCUCCACGCGUUUUUUGUAUUCGUGUACAAAACGUUUGUAUAAAAAAAAAUCAUUCAAUUCACGUUUUUUCGUAGUUAAUAUUAUAUAAUGGGCUUUGAAUCCCAAGUGUGAUUUGUUAUCAUUAGAAACAAAAAAAAAACAUUUUUAAUCCACGAUUUUUGCAAUUUCAGUGCUUUUGCACGUAACUUUUACAGCAUUUAAAAAAUAUAAAAACUAAGGUUGCAGCCAUUUUUACAAUACGUAAAACAUUUUAAAAACUUCAUCCUUGUAGAUUGUGCGAUUUUAUAAACGAAAAAAAGGUGUAAAAUUUCAACGAUACAUCGUACAGUCUAUACAAGGUUCAGUAUUUUUCUUAUUGUCAAUUUUUAAUCAUUGUUAGAAAAGAAUUAUUUCAAAUCGCAUUUUUACAAUUUACCCUUGGAGAAUGCAAAAAAAAAAAAAAAAAAAAAAAUUGAAAAAAAAGUAUGAAGUUGCGUGAAAUUGUAGUGAAUUGUGUGGAAUUUUUCUCGAUCUAUAAAUGGAUGCGUAUUUAAAAAAGUAAUUUUAGAAAUUUGUGCCUUGCUCCCAUCGUCAGAAUUUCUGUAGGAAAAAGAAACAGUCAAUGAGUGAGAAAAAAAAGAAACGUCAUUUAAAGAUGUUUUUAAAAAAGAAUAAAUUGACAUAGCGAUAUUUUAUUUAAAGAAGAAAAAAAAUAAAUUAAUUAAUUGUAAAGAAUUUCUCAUUAAUUUAUAGAACGGGAUGUAUUUUUUUUUCUUAUAGAAGAUUUUUUGUGUCAGGAUUUUGUUAUAUAUAUUAUACAUGUAAAAUGCAUGACAAUCCGACAAAUUAAAACAAAAAAUUUAUAUUCGCUUAAUUGCUUUAAUUUAUUUCUAUUUUAGAGAAAAAAUAGAACAACAAUUUGUAGAUACUACGAUUAAUUAAAAAAUUUAUUUUCACAUUUUUAAUUGAAUUCAGUUUUGUAAAUGUAAAUUUAAUUUCUCUCUUACUAGUACUAUUUUGAUAUAUUUAAAAAAGGAAAAAUGAAUGACGAAAGAAUUUUACGCCCCAUGUAUAGUUGCAUUUGUUUGCAUUUAUGUUAUCUAGAACAAAAAACAAAAGAAA